AUGAAGAAUUGGGAGACUGUUGAUUUGUAUACAAAGGCUUUAAUUGCAAAGUAUUUGAAUGAUAAUGGUCAUAAGAGUACUUUAGAGUUGUUCUUGGGGGAUUGUGGCCUGUCUAUGAGUGAUGUCAAAGAUGUGGGGCAGACUUUUGAUGAAAAUUUAGAAACAAUUGUAAGUGAAAGGGUUGCUUAUGCGGAGGGGAAUAAAGAUUUGGUGAAUAAAAUUCGGUUGGAAGAGAAAGCGCUGCCAAUUGAUGCAGAGACUCCAAGUUGGAAUCAUGAUGCCAAAUUUGAACCAGUCCCUUUGGAUGUGGAUAAAAAAGCUUUGAUAAUUGGUGCCAACUUUUGCAACCCUCAAGAUUCGUUACUAUUAUCGUUCGCUGACAAGACAAAGUGGUUUUAUGGCCCACAGUGGGAUUUGAAAGAUAAGAAUUUCGGUUCGGAGUUUAAUUUAGGAGCUGUCAGAUUCUGUGGAGCUGUCAGAUCGUGUGUGAGAGAACCACAUGAUACAUUUUAUAUGUGUACACUUGAUGGAACAUUUCAUUUUUGGUCUCAAUAUGAAAAAGGAUCUCAUAAAUUACACCAGAGAUUGAUUACUCAUCUGCAAUUUUUGAAAGCACCAGGGGAGGAUACACUUUACAUUGUAUCAUGCGGUAUGGAUAACUGUUUGAACGUGCAUGAAUGGAAUCCCCGCAUACAUCAGUCAAUAAAACUGCUUUCAGCAGAAAAAUUACAGUCUUCCUGUACUUCGUUGCAAGUGGCCUCAGAUGGAUACAGGCCGCUAAUUUUCAUCUCGAGAGCUGACUAUACUCAUUUAUUGUGUUUUGCGCUAGAGAAUAGGACGCAUAGCAUGAGGUUGGUUUAUAAGAUUGCCCUGAAUAACGCGCAGUUCAGUACUCAUUCCUUCAAUGUCCGAGAUAUGGCGUUUAUUGGAGAACAUGAUUCGAUCGGAACACCUGUUGUCACGAACAGUAGUGUUUUACUCAUCGCUACGUCACACAUACCCUACAUGCGGUUACUUGUGGUAAAGAUUCCACCAGAAAUUGCAGGCGACAAGGAUACUGUGUUUUAUGAUAAGGUACUAAGGAAUAUGCCCACUGAGAUAGAGCAGGAUUCUUACUCUGAGCCGAUUCUUAAAACAUUGCCUGAAGGCAAUGGUGUUCUUGUUGGUGACAGUAAAGGAUUAUAUGCUCUCGAUAUCUUGAAUGGAGAUUCUUGGUUACUGGACUUACCAGGGUUCUCUCAAGGUUCAAGAGUGAAGUGUAUGGAUAUCAAUAAAUCUGGUACCAAGCUGGUUCUUGGGUUAGCUGAUAAGACUGUUAGAGCUUAUAAUAUAGUUUUAUAG